AACUCGUUUCUGUUGUGUUGGUCUGACUGGCCCCUCCUGAAUACAGUUCACUUCACUUAACCUUGGAGAAAGGCUGGCAUUUUGUUUCAGAGAAGAACACGUUUGGGCCGCAAGGGUUGAAAUGGACCAAAAACGGGACUCCCUGGUAAAAAUUAAUCUGAUAAACCAUGGGAGCAAUCAAACACGCAUUCAAGCUAAACCCCCGGAGAGAGAGCAGUGGUCCAGUAAGAUUCAGUUCAUCUUGGCUGUGGCUGGACACAUUGUUGGCUUGGGAAAUGUCUGGCGGUUUCCGUACCUUUGCUACAAGAAUGGAGGAGGGGCUUUCUUCGUUCCUUAUGUCUUGUUUUUAUUCACCUGUGGCAUCCCACUCUUCUUCAUGGAGACAUCCUUGGGCCAGUACACGAGUCAAGGUGGAAUCACAUGUUGGAGAAAAAUCUGCCCUCUUUUUGAAGGCUUAGGUUAUGGGAGCCAAGUGGUUGUUUUGUACACUGGCGUGUAUUACAUCAUCAUACUGGCUUGGGCCUUUCUCUACCUGUUUUCAUCCUUCAGCUCUGAGCUUCCUUGGGCGAGCUGUCACAACACCUGGAACACAGAUGGCUGUUUUGAACCUGGACAAAAUCAAACGCACCCACUGCACCUGUACGGAAAUACAACAACUUCAGUUGUAGAAUUCUGGGAGAGGAGAAUCCUUAGCCUGUCCAAUGGAAUUGAUCAACUUGGCAAUGUUCGUUGGGACCUGGCUCUGUGUCUUCUUCUUGCGUGGCUACUGUGUUACUUCUGUGUGUGGAAUGGAGUGAAGACCACAGGAAAGGUGGUGUACUUCACUGCCACAUUUCCGUACGUGAUGUUGGCGGUGUUGCUUGUUCGUGGCCUCACAUUGCCGGGGGCCAAAGAAGGGAUUAUGUUCUACCUCUAUCCAGACCCGUCCCGCCUCACUGAUCCAGAGGUAUGGAUGGAUGCUGGCAGCCAAAUCUUCUACUCCUAUGGAGUUUGCACAGGUGUUCUGACCUCACUAGGAAGUUACAACAAGUACACCAACAACUGCUACAGAGACUGUGUUUACCUGUGCCUGUUAAACAGUUUGACCAGCUUUAUAGCUGGCUUCGCUAUCUUCUCUGUGCUUGGUUUCAUGGCAAAGGAGCAAGGGCUGGAUAUAUCGAUGGUGGCUGAAUCUGGCCCAGGUUUGGCAUUUAUUGCUUAUCCUCGUGCUGUGGCUUUAAUGCCACUUCCUCAGCUCUGGGCGAUAUUCUUCUUUGUUAUGAUCAUCUUCUUAGGAUUAGAUAGUGAGUUUGUAUAUCAAGAGGCACUGGUCACAAACAUCGCCGACAUGUAUCCUUCCAUCUUUCAAAACAGCUGCCGCCGUAAACUCCUUCUUCUUGCCAUCUGUGUUGGAAGUUUCCUUGUUGGCCUUCUGAUGGUAACAGAGGGAGGCCUAUAUAUUUUCCAGUUGUUUGACUAUUAUGCUUGUAGUGGGAUGACACUUCUACUUUUUGCUGUUCUUCAGUCUGUCUGUGUUGGAUGGGUCUAUGGUGCGGAUCGUCUGUAUGACAACAUAACCGACAUGAUUGGAUAUCGGCCGUGGCCCUACAUGAAAUAUUGUUGGCAGUACGUCACACCAGCUAUAUGCACUUGCACAUUUCUCUUCUCCCUGGUCAAAUAUACGCCUCUGAAAUUUAACAACACUUACGAAUAUCCCUGGUGGGGCUAUGCUAUUGGAGGACUCUUCACUCUCUCUUCAACCCUCAUGGUUCCUCUGUGGAUGCUUUACGCCCUGAGCGUCACUCCGGGAACGCUGACACAGAGACUGAAACACCUGUGCACUCCAGCGAAGGACUUACGAACUGCAACAUUAAACAGGGCAACAAACCACGAAGUCUUUCAGAGUUUCAGAGAUUUGCACACACUUCGCAACAUAGAAAACCCUGGCGACAGAGAUGACAGAACUCAGACAUCAUCUAUUAUUUAAACUGCAAGGGAAAGGGAACUGAAACAGAACCUUAUCAGUGAGGAACACUCUGUUACUGGGACACCAAAGCUGUCUAGAAACCAAAGGCGUGUGUCCACUGGGGAAACAUGCCUUCACUACUACAACAUGUUGCUGACUGUCCAGCUACCAAAAUCCAGAUGAUGCUGGAUGCACUCUGUGUGAAGACUUGACUCUCGUCUGAGAAAGUCCACUGCAAAGAUAAUUUGUAAAAUCAAAAAAGAAAACAAAACGUUUAUUUCUGUUUAAAGUUUUAGGUAUUAUUGCUGACAUUAGAAAUUGUGGUUUGAAUUUAUUGCACAUUUAUUGGUUCAAGUCUGAAUCGGGCCUUUCUUGGUAGAGUUUACAUGUUCUCCCUGUGUCUGUGUGGGUUUUCUCCAAAGACAUGCUCAUUAGGUUAAUUGGUGAUUCUAAAUUGACGAUAGGUGUGAGGGUGAAUUCAAAUGGUUGUUUGUCUCUGUGUUAGCCCUGUGAUAGGCUGGCGACCUGUCCAGGGUGCCCGAUGACAGCUGGGAUAGGCUCCAGCAACCCCUGCGACACUAGUAAAGAUAAGCAGUAGAAGAAGAUGAGAUGAGAUUUAUGUCAGAUGUAUAGUUUUUUGUUGUUGUUGUUGUUGUUGUUGUUGUUGUUGCGUUUUUCUUUAUUGUUGGUAACAAAAUGAUCUACAAAUGAUAAACUUUGAGGUGUCAGAUAAUAGCACUUUACAAUGCUCCUGCAAUUUAGCAGGUAUCACAGGUAGAACAGUUGUUGUGUUGUUGGUUCAAUUAUUGCCUCAAAUUUCCUGCCUUUUCAAGUGAUACACCUGGAGAAAUACCAUAUAAAUAUAAUAUAAACUAGAAAAUCUCACAAUAUGUAAAAAUAUGGCUCUAUUACUAUAUAUAUAUGCCUGCCAUUGAACAAGGUUUUAUUUUAUUUCAUUGUGUGUGGAAAUUACCUGUAAAUAAACUUAGACUAAAUGU